AGUGGCUGGCAUUGAGAAUAAACUGGGACCCAAAAUGAGAGUGCAGUAUUCAUUGUAUGUUGGAGAUGAAAAGGAUAUCAUCUACACCUUGUCACUUAGAAUUCCUGCAAACAUCACAGCAUAUGAGAUAAUGGAAAUUGCGGAAGCUGCUGACGAUAAGUAUAAUUUCAAAAGUAAACGAGUGGCCGGGAAAAUGUACGUUUAUGAAAUAGCGAAAAUUACCAACGAUCCCGAAGACGGGAAAUUCUGGAUAUUGUAUAAAAGUCCAAUAAGCAAUUCGACUGCAGCAAUUCAUUACUCUGAGAGUCCUGAUAGAUUACUUAUGCAAGAUCAAGAGCAUUUAAUAAUGUGGUACAAAACUACGCAUAUUUAAUCUACCUUGUUACUUGCAGAAGAAAUUGUAGGGAUGUUUAUCGUGAAAGGAAACUAUUCGUUGAUUUGGACUACAUCGAAUGGGAAGUUCAAAU